UUUUUUUCACCCACAGUCAUGUGAUUGUAACGUAAAACCCCCUAACCGGAAAACAACGACGGACGACCCUCUCCGCCGCCGCCAACGAACGCAGCGUUAGCUAGCAACAGUACGAGCCGCUGCGAGCCCAGAGAGAGGACGGACGAGUCCCCCGGUAACAAACAAACAACGGCGACACGGCAAACUCCACGCAUUUCACCGGAGUCGCAGGUUGAAGAAUGGAGUUGGCCAACCAUGGUCUUAUCCUGCUGCAGCAGCUCAACGCUCAGAGGGAGUUUGGCUUCCUGUGCGACUGCACUGUGGCUAUAGGAGAUGUCUUCUUCAAAGCCCACAAAGCUGUCCUCGCUGCCUUCUCAAACUACUUCCGGAUGCUCUUCAUUCACCAGGACAGUGAUUGCGUGCGGCUGAAGGCUGCUGACAUACAGCCGGAUAUCUUCAGCUACCUCCUCAACCUGAUGUACACAGGCAAGCUCGCCCCCCAGUUGAUAGACCCUGCACGCCUGGAGCAGGGGGUCAGAUUCCUGCACGCCUAUCCACUCUUGCAGGAGGCCAGCCAGUCUGUGUAUUCCCACACCGAGCAGCACAGCAUCAACCUUUCCACCUCCCUCUACGGCAUCCAGAUCUCUGACCAACAGGUAGGGCUGUCGGCUAGAUUGACCUCUCAACGGCAGCUCUCUUCUCCUUUCGACAUGGAGCAGCUGAGCUCCGAGGGGAAGUAUCUAUCCACGCCGGCUGCAACAGCUUCCUACGACAACUCCUUAGUGCCCAAGGUAGCUUCGUCGCCCCCGGACGUGGAGGCCUCGACCAGCGGCACCAAGCCCGCAGCUGAGGAGGGGGCGAUGGACUUACUGAGUGGGGAUGCUUCCUCGGCCACUGCCAUCCUCCACGUGAAGCCCAGCAUCAUGAAGAGGAACUCCUCCUUUCGGAAGCACUACUCCUGUCAUCUGUGCAGGAGUCGUUUCACCCAGAGGAGCCUCCUGAGGGAGCAUCUCCUCCAACACACCCAUUCUCUACAGCAGGCGCCCGCUGAGCCCAGCAGCGCGCUCUCACCCGUCCUGAGCGUAGAACAAAGCAUGCUAGAGUUAGAGGGGGUCCUGAAGGGAAGCAAGGCAGCGUUAGGGGCCUUGGCCGCCGCCACAGCCGUAGAGAUAAUCAGUGACAGCGAGCAGACGCCGGUUUCGGGAACCAACUCGGACUCUCCGCGCGCCGAGGUGACCACCUCCAGCUGGGGGGUGGGAGGACUGAAUUCCCAGGCGGACACGCCGCCUCCGUCGGACAUUGCGGACAUCGACAACCUGGAGAGCGCCGACCUCGACCGCGAGGUGAAGCGGAGGAAGUACGAGUGCUCCACCUGCGGGCGCAAGUUCAUUCAGAAGAGCCACUGGCGCGAGCACAUGUACAUCCACACUGGAAAGCCGUUCAAGUGCAGCGCUUGCGGCAAGAGCUUCUGCCGGGCCAACCAGGCCGCCCGCCACGUGUGCCUGAACCAGGGCGCCGACACCUACACCAUGGUGGACCGUCAGAGCAUGGAGCUGUGCGCCGCGGGGGACGACAGCAGCCAGAUGGAGGCGAUGUUCUUGGGCUCGUCGAAGCCUUACAAAUGCAACAUUUGUGCGACCACCUUCUCCAGUCCCAACGAGGUGAUCAAACAUUUGUGCUUCACUCAAGGGGGGUUGGUGGGGCUGCAGGGAAACGCGGGCGCCGGGAUGCUGCUCCAGCGCGAAGAGUUCUCCAAAGAUGACGGCUCCGAUCUGUCCAACUCCGGCACCCCGCUGGAACCAUUAAAGACUGAGGAGAUCCUUGUAGAGUAGUGCCAAAACUGUCUUAUCUGUCUUUUUUAACAUGUAUGUUUUCUUUCUAAAUUAUGGUUAAUAGGUAAGCUAAAGGUUAAGUUAGUCAGGGUAUGGGUGUUUGAGCUCCUCGAUCUACUAAAACUGUUUUUCUUUUCCCAUUAGUUUAAUGAGGAUUGGGGUUACAGUACUUUGGACAUUUAUGGUCUCGAGCUUGACAAACAGUGAAGUAAAUCCCCAAUAGCUCACUGGAGUUAAAUCCAACAUGAUUAUGAAAGCAAGUAACUUUUAAAAAUUUGACUUAAGGCAGAGUUACCAAUAAGGGACAUGAAGUAACUAUUGAUUUGUUUCAUCUUAUCAUUUUAUGGGGGUGUACGUUGGUAUUAGACGCACACAUGUCUGUCUGCACCACGUCGUUUUUUUUUUUCUUUCUUUCACUCAACAGCUAAAGUUGUGGUAGGGCUGCACACGCAUACUUGGAGUAUAAGAGGAAGAGGAAGCCGAGACAGUUCCGGAGGUCACACAUGUUGUGAGAUGAGUGCUGUGAUAGAUUUAAGGAGGAGAAAGCGCUGCACAGGAGUCUUGUUUCUUCAUGGUCGCGAAUGAGGGGCUCAUUCUGCAGACCAGGUAUAGGGUAUGAUUCCAUCUAAAAGCACACAACAUAUUCAGACCUGAGACAAUCUGUGUUCCACUAUGUGACCGAUAUGCAGGAAAUUACAAAUGUCUUCCGUUCAUGUUUUGUUGUUGUUCAUGCUCAUCAGAAAGAAUAACUUGAAAUGUAAAGUAACGACCAUUAUUUGCAUCCUUCUCAGACCUUUUAGUUAGUUGUUGAUUUGUUGACUGUGCUAAGUGUGGUUAUGGUUCAUGUCUCCUUACACCCGAUUAAAGCAUAGUUGCUCUUUAUAACUGAGUUGGGCCACUAAAUAAAUUGGUCACAACAAGCCAGUGUUUCUUGAAUUUAAAGUUGAGCCCUUUGAUUCAAUUAACUUUUUUCAUUUUUACUUAAGUUGUACAACUUGUUUGUUGGUGAAAGAAGCAACGUGUUUCCUCGGACACACAAUUGAUUGAAGGCUGUCCUGUACAAUGUUGUACAUUGUGUCUUUAUAUCAUUUGCUUCAAUCUACUUUUAAAAGCCCGUAAUCUUUGUUUGACAUGCUUUUCUAGUUUUAAAUGCAACAAUAUAUUUUCAAAGAUUACUUUAUAUUGCAAAGGUUUAUGUAUAUUGGUAGACAAAUAGCUUUAAAACUAGGAUUACAUUUGGUUUUGUACAAUUGUAUGUACAAGAAAUGAACAUGAUCAUUUCUUAAAGAAAAAGGUGAGAAUAAAGUCUAGAUUUUAAGUCUC